UGGAUCUUUUAAAUCACCGAAAAACCCCUACUAUAUAUAUCUCCAGUGCCAACAGACUUAAAACAACGUUUCCUGCUCCUGGUAAAAAAACAUUCGUCAAUGGAGACACUCCUGCAUACAACGGCAACUUAUCCAAAACUUAAAAAUGUUAAUUGUAAUGGUUUUAGCUGUAACAGAACAGGAAAUGGGUAUUCUUCAAAGGGGCCAUUCAUCUCCCAAAAGCUUUCACUUGCAAAUGGGUACUCUUCAAAGGGGCCAUUCAUCUCCCAAAAGCUUUCACUUGGGUUGAGGAAAUCAGUAAUUGUUGGGGCCAAAAAGAACAGGAACAGCAAGAAGGAAGACAGUCACAGCUUCAUACCCAAACCAGAUGAGGCCACUGGACCAUUCCCCGAAGCGGUCCUGCUUAAAGAGAAAAAGGUGCAGGAAGAUGGUAAAUUUAUCCCUGAGUUCGCUGACGCUGAAGAGGAGAAGCUCUAUGAAUAUCUGAGCCUUGAGCUAGAGAGUGAAUUGAAUGCGGAGGAGCGUAUUCGCCACUAUGAAGUGGUUUAUUUAAUCCAUGAGAAGCAUGCAGAAGAGGUUGGCAAGGUCAAUGAGAAAGUUGAAGAUUUUCUAAGGGAGAAGAAAGGUAAGAUAUGGAGGCUGAAUGACUGGGGAAUGAGAAGGCUAGCAUACAAGAUAAAGAAAGCCACAAAUGCCCACUACAUUUUGAUGAAUUUUGAGAUAGAAGCUAAAUGGAUCAAUGACUUCAAGACUAUGCUAGACAAAGAUGAAAGAGUUAUUCGACACCUUGUGAUAAAGAGAGAUGAAGCUAUAACAGAGGAUUGCCCGCCUCCACUGGAGUUCCACACUUUGCGUGGGGGUAUGGAUGAUAACGACGAGGACGACGACGAAGACGACGAUUUAGAUUAUGAUGAGGAUUGGGAUGGUGAGGGUGAGAUGGAGGGCUAUGACGAUGACACGGAAGAUGGUAUUACAGUAAUUAACAGUAAUGAUAUUGAUGAUGGUAGGGAUGAUCAGAAUAAUAAAUCAAUUCCUGUAAAUGACAAAGGAGGAAGAAAUCAAAAACGAGAGAAAGUAGGCAGGUAGUUUCUUUAUAUUUCAAGCUCCUUUGCAUGGAUUGAGAGGCUCUCAGCCGAGGUUGAUGUAGUAGUUAGUGGCUCUAUAGAUUUUGCGGGUGGUUCUACAGGUUUUGUCCUUUUUCAUGUAUAAUGGGGUAGAACAAGCUCAUUUGUUAAUGGUAUUUUAUAAAACAAAUAUCUUGUCAAAUUAUUUAUAUACAAGUAUGUGUUAAUCCCUA